UGAAAAAAUUUACCAAAUGAAAGAAUCAUUCUGUAAUGAUGUAAUGUUGUUCAAAACUUUAUCAUUAUCAGAUGUUCAAAAAUUUGUUUUAGUUAAAACCUUUGUAACCAUCAUGAUGAAAACAUUGCAAAAAGACAAAGAACGAAGACAAGAAGUAAGUAUACUGAGAAAACAAUUUCACAAGUACUUCUUUUCGUACUGACAAAAAUUUUUCAGGAAAAUAUUCAUCUUAAACAUUAAUGUCAUAGUGUAAUACAGUGUACUACCAUAUUACUGUCAUAAGAGUUUCAGCGAAUGACACGUCCCAUGAAUGCUUCAAGCUCGGAAUAUAAAAACUCCAAAAUAAGUAUCUUACCAGGGACACCACAAAUGGUUGGCGCGAUCUAGUGGCGAGUACCGAACUACUCCAGCUGCUGCUGCCUAACACCAUAACUUUUAAAUCAAUAAUCAUUAGGUUCAAAUAUAUAUUUAUUAACCUCGAACAAAUAUAUAUAUUUAUUCUAAAUGAAUAUAUUUUUUUGUGUCUAAUUAAUAUUUAUUAGAGUUAUAAUAUAAUAAUAUUUUGCUCUAAUAUUUGGAUUUGUUGGCACCACAAAAUAGUUUAGUUGUCCUUUAAAUAAAUAUUUUCUUAACUCUACCAUAUGAUUUUAUUAUCUUAGAGAGAUAAAUAUUAAUGUCAACCAAAUUAAAUCAUUUGUUAAAAAUGAUAAAAUAGAUUAUAUUGACGUAAUAAAAUUUAGUUGUCCAAAAUAAAUUUUAGUUUAAUAGAAUUUAAAAAAACCAAUUUAAUUCUCCAAAGAGAAAUUUUAUCUCAGUGCAGUUUUCUAUUUAAAUCCAGGCGCUGACAUCAGUGGCAGCAAGAUUUGAUACAUCAUCUGAAUUGAGCAAAUUGAAUUGACUUGGCAGUACCUUUAUAUACCCGGGCCAGCAGCUCUGGGUUCCGAUAAAAGGAGAAGCACGUCUGGGUGACGAUGGAACGGCACCGGAUGUCCCGAGUCCAGAUCCUGGUGACGAUCACGAUUCACAGGAUGAUUUGCCACCGGAAGAAAAAGAGUUAUUGGAUAACUUACGGCCUGUUUCGCCAAAACCAGGUCAUAUGGAACGAGUUAAAACCUCACUUGACAGUGGUAAUGCAGCAGCUAUGGACGAGGAUGAACCAGUCUACAGAGAGAGAUUUUUAAAGAUCAACGUUCGUCAUAUCUCCGAUGGACAGUUACGGGAGGAAGGAGCUACUGUUAAAGACAAAGACAAAGAUAAGGAUAAAGAUACAGAUAAAGAUAAGUUAGAUAAAAAUGCUGAUAAGGAACUUAGUGUCGGGCAAGCGAGCAGGACACUCGAGGAACGCAGGCGUUCUAUGCUAGACCACCAUUGGGCCGUUCCAAGCAAAGACAGAUGCUCAUUUUCCAUCAACAAGGAGCAACAAGAUUCCAUUAAUUCCGACAAACUAAUUUUAUAUUCAAAAAAAUUACGCGCCACUUUUUAUAAAAAUACAGACAUUUUCAUGUGCCCGCAUUUGCCCAUCGUCGAUUUAAAGAAAAUAAAAUUAUCUCCUGAGUUUUCGUAUUUUUUCCUAUCAAAGGACAUCAUGACGAUCAAACAACAUUAAUAUCUUGCGUAAUUAUCUUUCAUAAAUUUUUAAAAAGUCGGUUGAUGCUAAUUAAUUUUAAACGAUCUUGAAGUUAGCAGACAAUUAAAAAUUUUUAGAUU